AUGAGGGAUAUUUUAAGAUUUAGCAAUCCACUAAGUUUGGAGCAAUCUUUUGGAGUUUUGAAGUUGACAAAGAACAUGAGACUUCAAAGUAUUGACUCGGACAUUGACAAGGAUGAAUUGAAGGCUUUUUCAGAAUGGAUAUCAAGUAGUGGAGAUGGAACAAUUGGCGGUCUAAAUGAUGGUUAUGCAAUGAUUGAUAUACCUGAUGAUCUUUUGAUAAAGGAUACAGAAGAUUCAGCUGCAUCUAUUGUAAAUAGCACGUAUCCUUCUUUCUCAGAGAAUAUUAAUGACCCAUCAUAUUUGCAAGAAAGAGCUAUACUUGCUCCAACUCUUGACAUUGUUAAAUCCAUAAAUAACUAUGUGAGUUUCCUUAAUCGAACUGAGGAAAAUACAUAUUUAAGUUCUGAUGCAACUUGUAGAUCUGAUUCGAACAUUGAUCUUAUAGGUGAUCUUCAUACACUUGAAUUUUUGAAUCCUAUAAAAUGCUCCGGGAUGCCUAAUCAUCAGUUGAAAUUGAAGGUCGAUGUCCCCGUUAUGCUAUUAAGAAAUGUCGAUCAUUCUUUGGGGUUAUGGGACUAG